AUGUUUGUUUUGUGCGGGCAAGUGAGAGCCAAUAAGUGCUAAAUCAAAAAUCGACGUUUUCCUUUUUUUCUCGAACUUCAUUCACUAGUCGUAUUCGUAUACGAUUAUUGUCAAUUCAUGGAAACACUUUUAUUGUUUCUUACCAUCAUUUUAAACGGGAUUCAUGAUAAAUAUGCUUCGAAAUAAUAAUUUUGUCCAUACCCUCUGGAAUCAUGGGAUUGUUCUUGUCCCUGCUUUAUCUCAAAACGCUUACAAAUUUCGAUGUGUUCAUUUUCACUCGUUUCCUCGCUCAAGACAUUUUUUCCGAUGAUUAUAAAAAUAAAACUAGGCUGUAUCAGUUUUUUGCUACAAGGUCUUAUCACCAUGACGAACGAUCUUGUUAAGGAUUCUACUCAUUGCUUCAUAUGCCACAUCAGAGUUGGAACAUCCUCUCGAAAUAGCAUCCAAAUUUUUGAGAACAGCACUGUUAAUUCUUCAGACAAACCUCUGAUUCGCAUUAUUUGCUCAGUUCUCCAAAAAGAAAUCACUCCAGAAACUGCCCAUUCCGUUUUUCUAUGCAAGAAAUGCUAUAAAUUGUUCAACGAGUUUGACGAACUUGAGAGUAGGUUGACGGAGAUAAGAUCAGAAUUGAACGCACAUUAUGAUCAAACCGUGAGAAAAAUCAUGCCCGAAGCAGUGAUCCACGAUGAGUACAAUGAUCACGAUUACAUAGAUCAAUCGGACGGUCAAAUAGUAGAAACUCUGAAUCUAAAUUACGAUGAAAAAGAGAGUGAAAGUUCGAUGCAGAUGAAAGAUGCGGAAAGUAUAGACAACUUAAGUGAGCAGUAUUUGGUCCACGACAUUGACAAAGUACCGAUGGAAACAGUCGAAUACAUAGAGGAAGAUGACGAAAUAGUUGUGAAGAUGGAGACAACGGUGACGACCGCAAACACGAACGAGUUGAAAGAUGACAGCGAAAAGGAUGAGGAAAAUUUGAAAGAACCAGAAUCGAACGUAAAAGUAGAGGAAUCGGAUGAACAAAUAGUAAUGAGAGACGGUACGGAAUACACGUGUCUGUUGUGUUCGAGCGACGAGGAAAAAGUCGUUGGUGAUGCAAAAGAGAUAGUAUUGCACGUUAAAAGCGUUCAUGAUUCUCGAUUGUACAUUUGUGACAUAUGCGGUAUGGAUUUCAAAAAGAGAAACGAAUUAUCGCUUCACAUGGACGAUCAUGUGGCAAAGGAAGAAGGUGAUUUUCAAUGUGAAGUUUGUAACCGGAUAUUCAGUAAUUUACGACUAUUUCGUAUUCACAAACGCAUUCAUUAUCCACAAGUGAAAUCUUGGCCUUGCGAAACUUGUGGUAAAAGAUACAGUUCAAAAAAUCUUUUGGAAGAACACAUAAAUACUCACACGGGUACGCGACCGUAUGUUUGUGAAAAUUGCGGCAAAGAUUUCGCUUCAAAGUAUACCUACAAAGCACACGCGAAAACUCAUGAAGUGCGACCUCGACCUUUCCAGUGCAGCCAAUGCAGCAAGUCUUUUCUGAGUCAACAAAAUCUUAAUCAGCACGAAAGGACUCACAAUGGCGUUAAAGAAUACGUGUGCCAUCAGUGUGGAAAGGCAUUCGGUUCCCACCAUAAUCUCGAAGUUCAUAACAUUGUGCACACCGGAUACAAACCUUACAUAUGCAGAAUGUGCGGCAAAGCUUUCGCUCGUAAAGCGGAAAUAAGAGACCACGAACGUACGCACACUGGGGAAAAGCCUUAUCAGUGUGAAUUUUGCGGUGCCACAUUCAGCCAAAGAUCGAAUCUUCAGUCUCAUAAGCGAGCGACGCACUACAACGAUAAGAGAUACAAAUGCGACGACUGUGGAAAAGGAUUCAAGCGACGAAGACUCCUCGAUUACCAUAUAAAAGCUGCGCAUACCGGUGAAAGGCCUUACAAGUGUGAAACUUGCACCGCAACUUUCGUUUAUCCCGAACAUUUCAAGAAACACAUGCGAAUUCAUACCGGUGAAAAACCAUAUCUAUGUGAGGUAUGCGGAAAAGCUUUCAACAGCCGGGACAAUAGAAACGCUCAUCGUUUCAUUCACAGUGAUAAAAAGCCGUACGAGUGUCUCGUCUGUGGGAUGGGUUUCAUGAGGAAACCGUUGCUGUACGCUCACAUGCAGACGCAGGGUCAUCUGAACGAUACCAUUGUCGUGAAUCAACCGAGGUUAACAACAGACGACGAAGAAGUGAUCAAUAUUCCUGAAGGUGACGUGGAGUUGCUGAUGGAGGGAGCAGAAAACGAACAACUUGAAGAAACUGAAUUGUACGUCGCUGAUCUCAAAGAUCACGUUAUUAUCGAGCGAAACGCCGAUAGCAUUUAUCAGGAGGAAAAUGUAUUGAAUAUUUCAACUGAAGAUAAUGUGGGACAGGAGGAAACUGAUCACGAACGCGUUGAGGACAAUGCGAUAACAUUCGUCGAUACUGGAGCACUAGAUUGCAAGUCAGACGAAACCGAUCAACAAGUAGAACAAGUGUACGGUUAUAACACGAAUGAAGACGGUGAGACAAUCGUUGUCCCCAGCACCUCCAAUUACAAAGAGAUCGUUACCGAUAAAAAUUCCGUCCGUGUUGUACAAAUAAGAAUACCUCCUGCUGUUAAUGGAGAGCCAAGUCGUUGGCUCAGUAUCGUUCAAAAUACAUAAUAAUCUAACAACUAUUUUUCGGAGUACCUGCUCUGAUAUACGAUCAAGUGAUCCUUUUAUUGCAUCUCGGUUAUCCCAGCUGAAUUCUCUUUCUUUAACGGUGUAAUUAUAACUCCCAUUACAAUAAGCCUUGAAGAACUUGUAUUGAUUCUUAGUUCUUCUUUUAUUUCUACAUUUUAUGGACAGUAGAAAAAAACAUGUGAAAAUAUAUUUUCUUUCUGCA